CUCCUUAGGAAUACUGUAUGUCAGAGUAUCUGAGGAUGAGUGGUGUUUACUGGGGGCUGACAGCAAUGGACCUCAUGGGGCAGCUGCACCGAAUGAACAAAGAAGAAAUCCUGGCAUUCAUCAAAUCAUGUCAGCACGAAUGUGGUGGAAUAAGUGCCAGCAUAGGUCACGAUCCUCAUCUUCUGUAUACCCUCAGUGCUGUCCAGAUUCUUAUCUUAUAUGAUAGUCUCCAUGUUGUUGAUGUAAAUAAAAUUGUUGAAUAUAUACAGAACUUGCAAAAAGAAGAUGGAUCAUUUGCUGGAGACACAUGGGGAGAAAUAGAUACAAGGUUCUCCUUCUGUGCUGCAGCAACUCUUGCACUUCUGGGAAAGCUGGAUGCUAUUGAUGUGGGGAAAGCCGUAGAAUUCGUUUUGUCCUGUAUGAACUUCGAUGGAGGAUUUGGUUGUAGACCAGGUUCCGAAUCACAUGCAGGGCAGAUCUAUUGUUGCACAGGAUUUCUGGCUAUAACAGACCAGUUGCAUCGAAUAAAUGUUGACUUGCUGGGUUGGUGGCUUUGUGAACGUCAGUUACCUUCUGGAGGUCUCAACGGACGACCAGAGAAGUUACCUGAUGUGUGUUAUUCGUGGUGGGUGCUAGCAUCUUUGAAGAUGAUUGGUAGGUUACAUUGGAUUGACAGAGAGAAACUGCGCUGCUUUAUUUUGGCUUGCCAAGAUGAGGAGACUGGAGGAUUUGCUGACAGACCAGGAGACAUGGUGGAUCCCUUUCACACCUUAUUUGGAAUUGCUGGACUAUCUUUAUUAGGAGAAGAACAAAUUAAGGCUGUCAAUCCUGUCUUUUGUAUGCCAGAAGAUGUCCUUCGGCGAAUAAAUGUACAGCCUGAGCUUGUGAGCUGA